UUGACCAUAUCGCCUAGCAAACGAAUACGCCAUGCGGCGUUCCCCAAGCUCGCAAAAUGGCGACCUCGAAAAGCGCGAACACGUACAACCGACUAAAUUGGGAAGAAGCCGAGUUCCCGAUCUUGUGCCAAACAUGUCUUGGCGACAACCCGUACGUGCGGAUGACCAAGGAGCACUAUGGCAAAGAGUGCAAGAUCUGCUCGCGGCCGUUCACCGUGUUUCGGUGGUGCCCCGGUGGCAGGAUGCGCUUCAAGAAGACCGAAGUCUGCCAAACCUGCAGUAAGCUCAAGAACGUGUGUCAGACAUGCCUGCUGGACCUCGACUACGGACUGCCCGUGCAGGUGCGCGACAACGCGCUCAGCAUCAAGGACGAGAUGCCCAAGUCGGACGUGAACAAGGAGUACUACUCGCAGAACGUGGAGCGCGCCGUGGCCGAGGGCGACGCCGGCCAGCCGUACGGAGCCCUCGCCAAGGCGCAGAGCCCAAGCGACCUGCUCAUGAAGCUAGCGCGCACGACGCCCUACUACAAGCGGAACCGACCGCACAUCUGCAGCUUCUGGGUGAAAGGCGAGUGUAAGCGUGGUGAAGAAUGCCCAUACCGCCACGAGAAGCCGACGGAUCCCGACGAUCCGCUGGCCGACCAGAACAUCCGCGACCGCUACUACGGCGUCAACGAUCCCGUGGCCGACAAGUUGCUGCGUCGCGCCGCGGCCAUGCCCCGGCUCGAGCCGCCCGAGGAUGGCUCCAUCACCACACUCUACGUGGGCAACCUGGGUGAGCGGCUGACCGAGAAAGACCUCCGCGAUCACUUCUACCAGUACGGCGAGAUCCGGCAGAUCACCAUGCUCGCGCGGCAUCAGUGCGCCUUCGUGCAGUUCACCAGCCGCACGAGCGCCGAGCUGGCCGCCGACAAAACCUUCAACAAGCUCAUUCUGGCCGGCCGGCGCCUGGUCAUCAAGUGGGGGCGGGCGCUCGCCCGGAGCGAGCCCGCGAUCGCACCGACGCCGUCGCAAUCGAGGCCCCUCGAGCCCGUGCCAGGACUGCCGGCGCCGCUGCCCAUGCCGCCGGAAGAACUGGCCAACAACUACUUCAACCUGGCGUGCCUGCCGCACCCGCCGCCUACCUUCAUGGCACCCAUGGCCCCGCCUGGGACGCUCCCGCCCGGCCCUCCUCCACCCGGCACGACGCUGCCCCCCGGGCUGCCGCCCCCGCCAGGAAUGUUGCCGCCGGGAAUGGCCCCCCCUGGCACGGUGCCCCCCAGCCUGGCGGCCCUGGGGACGGCGCCACCGGGGACGGUACCCCCGCUCGGCAUGCCACUGCGUGUUCACUACCCGUCGCAGGACCCUCAGCGUCUGGGAUCGACGGGCGGUCGCAACAAAAUGUAAUAAAUGGGCUUUCCACGUUUCGGCAGGGA